UCUUGAAUAGUCCAGAGCACACUCAAAAGCUCAGCCUACCAGAGCACCACACAACGACCAUGGGACGGAAGGCGAAAUAUCAGACGAAUGCCGAAAAGCAGGCAGCCAAACAUGAGCAGCGCAAGAAGUAUGCGCAAUCAGAGCAGGGUCGCCUACGAAAGUCGGUUCAAAACAAACGAGCCUACGCAGCUCGUACGGAGCGCAACCCAAGCCCAUUUCGCGGCGCGCUAUCAGGGAUACCAUGUGAUGUCGUAGAAAUCGCUCGUCAACCGUGCUACAUAUCCAUUCCCAACGGAUCGGAGGUCAUGGACGACCUUGGCCUGUGGACUAGCCCGUACACCAUUGAAGUCCCGGUAGCCUACGACAACGCUGCACGGAGCGAAAUGGAUGAGCUCUUCGGACCCGACAUACUAGACCUGCAAGGGUUUCAGCGUGCAUUGAACGGCCACCAGUUCGCACGUCUUAGGAAGUCGGGGAUGGAGCGCCUGUGGAAUUGGGUGGAUUCGGAGGACAAGAUGAGUAUUGUGGUGUAUUGGACUAGUGAGCUCGACAGACGAUUGCGGGCAUGGGAGUCGAUGAAGACAACCGUGGAGAGGGCAGAGGGUCCCGAGAGCAUGAGAGAGAUUGUUCUGACUGUCGGUCGCGAGUGGGCAGCAAAGGUCAUCUGUACAUUGAAGGUCGAACUUGACUGGAUGCUUGAAUGCGCGGACCAGUACGACAGAAAAUAUGACGAUGGAAUGAUGCCGUGGCAAUGUAUGAAUGUAGAGGUCGAAUAGAGAUCAUAGUAUUGCUGUGACAUGAGCAAG